UAUUCCUCUCCCUUUCACUCCCAAUUUGGUCCCUCUCUCUCGUCGUUCUCCUCAGAGUCUCUGCACACAACAGAGAAAGAGAUACAGAAAGUGAAAGCACACGGGGAGAGAGAGAGAGGGGGGAGAAUUAGGGUGAAGAAAACCCUAGAAGAAAUGGAAAAUCUCCCUCACUCUGUUUCGAAGAAAUCAUACAAUGGCAAUGGCAAUGGCAAUGGCAAUGGCGUCAGACCUAAGACCAUGUACGACGACGUCUUUGGAGGUCCUCCAAAGUUGGGAGGAGUUCCCACUCUCUGUCCUCGAGUCUCCGACUACACUGAGAUUUUCAGCAAUUUUCACGCCUCUCCUGCUUCCUCUAUUCCGAUUCUCGAUCUCCCUCCUGUUAACGAUGCCGACUUUUCCUUCGAUGUACGCAGCUCCAUUUUCGACUACUCUCAAGUAUUCGGCGGUCUCAAUGGUGUAGACUUCGCUGCCUCCUUCGAACAACUGUUUGAACUAUCGAAAACUACAUGUGAUUCGUCUGACGAAGCUUGGACUCCAGCUCAGAGUGAGUCUCUUUCAGAUGAGUCAGACCCUUCUGCUUCUUCAGAUAACUUGCCAAAUGGAGAAUCUCACCAGUCAUGUGAUGGCAUUAAGCAGAUCAGUAUAUCAUAUGAUAAGGCUAGUCAAAGAAGCAAGGAAGAUGGGUCAAGUGGGAUGGCACACGUAACUCAAUUACAUGCUGUUCCCGGAUUUACUUCCAUAGUCAAUGAGUCACCUUCUUCAGAAAAGAUAAAGGAUAGGAAUACACCUUUGCAGGUAGCUGAUGAUAUCAAUCCAAAAAUGGAUUUUAGUGGGGGCCUAAGGGAAAGAAAACAAUUCCGGAAAACUAUGUCACAUCCGUCAAAUAGAAGUUUUGGCAUAGAGACUUUGGGGACUGAUCUCAAACCUGUGGGAUUUGGCAAAAGUGCUUCUCAUAUGAAUGAGACAUUUGUAACUGUAUCUGAUAUCAGCCUAAGAACGCAGCCCUCUCAGUUACCACCACCUUCAAAGCCACCUCAUGUUUUAGCUGUGAACGGUGUAGAUUCCGGUAGACAUAAAUCCAAGCUCAAAGCUUCUAAAAGUUUUGCUUUUGGAGAGACGACAGGUGACAGCUCACCAUCUUUCUUUGACGUGGAGGUAGAUCCAAGUUCAUCUGCUGCAGUCUCUGCUGCAGCUAUGAAAGAUGUAAUGGAAAAAGCUCAAGCAAAGCUAAAAAGUGCAAAAGAAUUAAUGGAGAGAAAGAAGGAGGGUCUUCAAAGCCGUACAAAGUUUGGUUUGAAAAAUGAAACGAAAGAUAAGGAGGGAAAAGCAAGCAAGACAUUUGAUGGAUUCAACAGUUUUAAAGAUGAGAGAGUGCACGGAACUUGUCAAAGAGAUUGUAGUGGAAUGAAAACUUUUGUUGGGGAGGAAAGGAAGAAAGUAAUGAAGAUAACACAGGUAGUUUCAGAUUCAAUUGAAGGGGGAAAACAUAUAAAUGUGGCCAAAAUAUCUGCAGAUAAAAAGAAUGGGAAGGAGGACAGGUCAUCUCAAGAGUUUUAUAAAACCGAAGGAACUGUUGCAUGGAGAGAAGCAGCAGAUUUUUUUGAACUAGUUGAAAUUGAUAAAUCCCGAAAGAUCUAUGAGCAAGCAAAGGAUGAAAGUGUUUUAGUGCAAAGUACACAGUCCCAUGAGUGUGGUCAGGAGAAAAAAGCAAUUCCAGCAUUUCAUCAACAAGAAGACGAUAGGAAAAAAAAAGCCAGUAGGGAGACUUGUGAACGGGAUGGAAACGAGGGGAGAUCAAAAGCAACUAAAGAGUCAAGCAGGCAAGAGGAGCAUGGGAAGAAAGUAAAAGUGAACCAAGAGGUUUGUAAACAGGAAGAAACUGGGAAGAAGCCAAGAAUGGUCCAACAGCAUGGAAACAUUGAGAAGAUACUAACUGAAGCUGGUAAAAGUGAAGAAUGUGACACCCUGAUAGAAGUUCAACAGAAAGAGAAUCAAAUGAAAGUUGAAAAGAAACUAAAAGAGGCUAACGAAAGAAUAGAAGAUGACAAAAGACACAAAGAUGCUCAUGAAAGGUACGAAAAUGAAAGGAGACUUAAACAAACUCUUGAGAUGGAAAAAUAUGAAAAAAGACUUGAAGAGGCUUUUGAACUAGCAGAAAUUGAGAAAAGACUAGAGGAAGCUUUAGAGCAGGAAGAAAAGGAGCAGCAGCAAAGGGAGGCUUUUGAAAAAGAAGAGAAAGAAAAGAGACAAAAAGAGGCUUGUGAAAGAGAAGAGAAUGAGAAGAGAGUUAAAAAGGCUCAUGAAGAAGAUGAGAAGAAGAGACUUAAAGAGGCUCUUGAGCUGGAAGAGAACGAGAAAAUAUUGGCUCUUAUGCUGGAAGGGGAUGAGAAGAGACUGAAAAUGGCUCUUGAGUGGCAAAGGAAUGAGAAAAGGCUAGAACUUGACCUUGAAAGAGAGGAAAAUGAGAAGAGGCUAAGAGAGGAUCAUAGGCGGGAAGAGGUUGAUAGGAAAUUGAAAGGUGCUUUUGAGCUGGAAGAAAGUGCCAAGAAGCAAAAAGAGGCUCAUGAAAGAGAGGAAAACGUGGAGAGACUAAAUGAGGCUUGUGAAAGGGAAGAGAAGAGACUUAAAGAGGCUAGGGAGCAAGAUGAAAAUAAGAAACGAUUGCAAGAAGCUCAUGAAAGAGAAGAAAGUGAGAAGAGAUCAGAAGAGGCUUUCAAGCAGAAAGAAAUUGAGAGAAGAUAUGAAGACGUUAAUGUGUGUGAAAAAACUGAGAAGAGGAUUGAAGAUGUAGGUUAUUGGGAAGAACUGAAGGUAUGGAGCAAAGAUCAUGAGCAAAAUGAGAGGGGUGAAAAUGAAAGGAAGCUUAAUUCUGAUCAAGGAACUUGUGUGGACACAGAGGGGGAAAAUCUCAAGACAUCUGAUGAUGGGGCAUGUAAGCUGGAUGACCAUGAGAAUCUACAACCUGGUCAAGCAGCCUGUGAACAGGAUAAAAACAGUGGAAAUGUAGAAAUGACCAAAGGGAACCUUUCAUUUGAAGAGGAUAGAACCAUGAAGACUGAACCCAUAGAUAGUGUGAAUACUCGGUUGGAAGCAGUUGAAGUAGUGAAUGUGCUGUUUGAAGAAAAAUUCAACUCAUCUGGCAUGACUCUAGAUUACACACAACAUGAAAAGAACCAAAUCAAUGCAAAAGAUGUCAUGAAGUCACAUCAUCUGCAUGACACUGUGACAGAAUCAGUUGAAGCUGGCAUUGGACAAACACACGUUGACAGAAAUAAGAAAGCUUUCAAAAUAGCCUCUAAUCCUGGGACUCCAAAUGGACUCACUCAUGAAUUAGGAGAGAGAGGGACUAAUGUUAAGGAGGUUCAAGUGACGUUUAACAAGGAAAAUAGCAAAGACAAAUUCAUGUCAUCACAAGUGGUAGGAGAGUUGAUUGAAAAUGGAAGGAAAAUGGGAGCUGAUCAGCCAACUGUGUUGGAGGGAAAAAGAAAUGCAAAGAGCACAGGUCAGAAGGCUAGCACAAGCAAAAGCACAAAAAGAAAAGAGAAGAAUCGUAAUGAUAUUCUCACACCAGAGGAGAGAGAGAAAGAAGAAAGGAUAAAAAGAGAAAGAGAGCUGGAAAAGGAUCGCCUAAGAAAGAUAGAGGAAGAGAGGGAAAGAGUGUUGAGCUUGAUGUGGUCUUGGAUGGCUGUUGAUAGAGCAACCCUUGAAGCUCGUGAAAGGACAUUUGCUGAAGCCCAUGACAAGGCAGUAAGGGCUGCUGUGGAGAGGGCAACUGCCGAAGUUCGACAAAGAGCGAUGACAGAAGCCCGAGAAAGACUAGAGAAGGCAUGUGCAGAGGCUCGGGAGAGGUCAACAGGGGAGAAGGCAUCUAUGGAGGCCAGGGUCAGGACAGAGCGUGCUGCAGUAGAGAGAGCAACUGCAGAGGCUCGAGAUCGUGCUUUCCAAAAAGCAAUGGCUGAGAAGGCUGCUAAUGAAAGAUCAGUUGUUGAUAAGUCCUUUGCUUCUUAUAAAAAUGAUGGAAUGAGACAAAGCUCUUCAUCCUCUGAUUUGCAGGACAUGCAAUUUCAGGGCAUUCGGUCUUCCAGUGGGUCCAUUUAUUCAUAUUCUUCAGUUCAUGGUGCUUCUGAGAGAUUUGUGGGAGUUGAAGGUGAAUCAGCUCGGAGGUGUAAAGCUAGGUUAGAGAGGCAUCAAAGAACUGCUGAACGUGCAGCUAAGGCUCUAGCAGAGAAGAACAUGCGUGAUCUUAUUGCUCAAAAGGAGCAAGCAGAGAGAAAUAGAUUUGCUGAAGCUCUCGAUGCUGAAGUGAAGAGAUGGUCUGGUGGGAAAGAAGGGAACCUGCGUGCAUUGCUUUCAACACUGCAAUAUAUCCUUGGGCCAGAUAAUGGUUGGCGGCCAAUUCCGUUGACUGAAGUUAUAACUGCUGCGGCUGUAAAGAAAGCUUACCGGAAAGCCACUCUAUGUGUUCACCCUGACAAAUUACAACAAAGGGGUGCAAGUAUUCAGCAAAAGUACAUAUGCGAAAAGGUUUUUGAUCUUCUAAAGGAAGCUUGGAACAGAUUCAACUCGGAGGAGCGGUAGUUGAGGCCUUCUGCUGAAGGGUGCAGAGCUGUAGUUAUACUGCUGGCUAGUAAGUAUCUCUACAUACUGCCCAAAUAUUUUCAGUUCUAUCUUUAGGUUAUGAGUGUAAGCUUAAGCUUCAAAGAGAUUGGCAUGAAAGAGAGGUUAUCCUCUUUCAUUGUAUCAUGAUUUAGACCAGAGGCUUCAAUGUUCAGGUAAUUCAUGUAUAUUUUAUUCUGUUUCACUUGUAGGUUUAGGAAUGUUAGUAUGUUUCUGGUUUCUAUUUUAGUUUUCAAAAAAUCUUGAAAUUUGGAAACAAAAAUACCUUUAAAGAAGGCAAUGUUUCAAAAUUUACAAAAUUUGAGGAAACGAGAAAAA